AUGAUUGAGUUCGACCCCGAUCGAGUGCCGAUCAUCAAGCUCGGCCUCCACAUUGCCCAGAUUGCCCUAGCUUUCAUACUCUGGGUACUCGAGAUUGUGGUCUUCACAGGAAAGGACUCCAAAGUUGUUGGAAACAAUGGCUGGACGUUUGGCGCCUUCUUCAUCUCCAUCCCGAUAUGGGUAUUCCUCAUCAUGACGCCGCGCUUCGAGCGCACCCAGCGAUUCGCCAACGUGCACGCCAUGUUCGCCGUCGACCUGUUCGGCGUCAUCCUCUGGCUCUCGGCCUUUGCCACCCAGGCUGCCUACAACACCUCCGGCUUGUGCGGUAACCGAUGUGGCAUCAGCAAGGGCGUUGUCGCUCUUGGCGUCAUUAUCACCCUCCUCUUUGCUGGUAGCACUUUUAUCAGCGGCUAUACCAUGACCUACUACAAGUUCCACGGUAACCUGCCCGGCUAUAGUAACCGUAAGAUUCGCGGCGGUAGCAAUGACAUCGACCCAGACAAGGAAGCCUUCUCCAUGGCGCCCCACGGCGACGAGGCGUAUGAGCGCGUCCACAUGGACGACCACGAGGACGGCCCCGGUGCGGUGUCCGGCAGCUACAGUAACCGCUACGGCAACGACCCCAACCCCUACAGUGGCGGGCAUUACGACGAGGAGGAUCCCAACCGAUACGGAGCGGUGCCGCCGCGCAACACCAGCGGCGCGUUCUUCGACAGCGAGACUCAGUAUCACUCCGGCGGCGGUGCCGGCUCCCCGCCUCCGGUGGCACCCCUCUCCAUGCCCUAUCGCCCCCCUGCUGUCGAUGAUGCUCCAGCUCAGUUUCCCAAAGCCAACUAUCAACUAUGA